UACAUUCAUCAGUUUGCUCAUUGUUGGAAAAAUCGAAGCGGUGAAUCGGAAAAGUCGUCGGACGUUGCAUUUUCCGACAAUUAAAAGUUAUUAUUUUUUGUUAAAGAUUUACUUUCGUAUUAGGUUUCCCCUUCACUUGACUGAUUGAGUCGCAGUUGCCGUUCCGUUUUUUAACAUUUUGUGAAUUGAGAUAACUACUUUUUGGGGCUGCUGCUUUCCACACGUCAGUGUUGAGUGCGCGGCGUGAACAUUUGUUGCUGUUCUUGCCCGGUUGCAAGAUGACUGACGUCUACGACGGCAACGGUGACUACGCAGCAUACAACGAUGAUGACGACUACGGCAGCAAGCAAGGGCGUAAGGGUGGUUGCGUACCGGGAGUAGAUCCUCACAAUGGUGAUAGUUCAAAUCAUGAUCUACAUCAUCAUGUAGGUGGUGGUACUGGUGUCAGCGGUGGUAUGGGUAUGAUGGGUGGCGGAGGUGGUGAAGGUGGCCAGUUGAACGAUAAAGCAAACGAAUACAUACGCGAUUGUAUGGCGGAGAAAAAUCGCAUGGAUAGAAAGUUUCCGAUUGCCGAAAAGCUAAUGGAUUGUGAAAUUGAGAAGGUGCAAUCGAUGGGUCGCAUACCGCCCCGUGAACAAAAAUACGCGGAUAUUUAUAGAGAAAAACCAUUGCGUGUCUCUCAAAAGGUCUUAGUACCAAUACGAGAACAUCCAAAGUUUAAUUUUGUUGGAAAAUUACUGGGUCCCAAAGGUAACUCCUUGCGUCGUCUGCAAGAGGAGACACUCUGCAAAAUGACCGUACUCGGACGCAAUUCGAUGCGCGAUCGUGCGAAGGAAGAGGAAUUGCGUGCAUCGAAAGAUCCGAAAUAUGCCCAUUUGAAUAGUGAUUUACAUGUGGAAAUCUCUACGAUCGCUCCACCGGCAGAAGCUUAUGCGCGUAUCGCCUAUGCGAUGGCUGAGUUACGCAAGUACUUAAUACCUGAUAGUAACGAUGUAAUACGGCAAGAGCAGCUACGUGAACUAAUGGACAAUACGAGCAUUUCGGAUGAUGUAAACAAAUUGGGUUAUAAGAAAAUUCCCCACCAGACGCCAAGCAGUAACCUUGGUGUUGGUGGGGGUGUUGGUGGAGGGGGAGCAGCUGGUAUGGGUGGUGCUGGCGUACUGGGCGGCUCUGGCGGUGUAAUGGGUGCUGCUGGUGGUUCCAGUAAUAUGUCUAUGGGUAAAGGCGCACCACAUCACGGUUAUAGGACACCACAGUCUUCGCAAAAUUUACAAUUCAAUAAGAAUGCAGUUGCACCGAAACAAAAAGUGUUAUCCAUAUUAGAGAAGGCACGAACUGCAAUGGAGGAAACUUAUGGUCGUGGCUAUGAAGAUCCCAUCACAUAUGAACAACCCACUUACGAUGCUUAUCCCUACGGUCAUGGGCCAACAACUCAUACACAUACCGGGCAUGUGCCAAGUAAUGCUGGCAUUGGUACAGCAAAUAUGGCACCGCGUGGCCCUUAUGAUGUCUCUGAUUAUGAUACCGAUUACAAUAGGAGGGAUUAUUAUCCCAAUUCAUCGAAUUUUGGAGGUGGCGGCGCUUCGACUAUGCAUUCAAAUCACAACACUGGCAUAAAUCCGAAUCAUAAUCGAAGCCACGUUAAUAGGUGAAAUAUGUUCGCCAGAUUUAAUACAAAUACAAGUAAUGCUGCGUCGCAUAUGACCCAAGCUACAGUCCUCACCAAUAACAGCAACAAAAA